UUGUUUUUUUUUUUGAUACGGAGAGCAUUUUAAUGGGGGAACAAAUUAUGUUAAUUUCCAGGAAAACACUAAUUCCAAAAUAUGUCCUUUUAGCUGCCUAAAAUAUACAAGACUUUCCCGAUAAAGGAACUUUAUCAAACAAUUAAUUUUUGUUCCAGGUGACCUCAGAUGCGGAUUAAAAUGAACCAGGAACCCUUAGGGGUGGCUGCCGAGGUGGUGCACCCUCAAACAUUGCUCAGGUGGGGUGACUCCCACCCCUCCAACUACCUUACCGGUUACGUCAGCCCCGAUGAGGACACGGAAAAGUCACUGAACUACCCAUUCCCUUAUGAUUCGGAAAUCAAUCACAAGGUUGUGCUGUGGGCUGGUGAUAUAGCAUCUUUGCAAGUAGACGCCAUUGUGAAUGCGACGAAUGAAUCGAUGAGCGACAGCAAUCCGGUUAGUGAUAGAAUAUUUCAAAGGGCAGGUCCCGGACUCAAAGAAGAAAUUGCAUUUGACGUGAAAGAAUGUAAAACUGGUGAAGUAAGGGUGACACAAGGCCACGCACUGCCGGCUAGGUAUAUUAUCCACACAGCAGGUCCCAAGUACAAUAUUAAGUAUCAAUCCGCAUCUGAAAAUGCUUUACACAUGUGUUACAGGAACGUACUACAAAAGGCGAAAGAACUUGGAUUGCACACUAUAGCGAUAUGCGUUAUAAAUUCUGUGAAAAGAAAUUAUCCUCCUGAGGAGGGAGCUCACAUUGCGUUACGCACAGUUCGUCGUUUUCUGGACAAGCACGGCAGUUCCUUGGAUACGGUCGUCUUCUGCGUAAGCAACGCUGACUUGGCCAUCUACGAGGCUCUGUUGCCUUUGUACUUCCCCCGGUCGAAACGCGAACAAAGGGCUGUGGCCGGCCAGCUGCCUGACGACGUGGGGGGCGCCGACGGAGAGCCAAUCAUGCCAGAUAGGCAGAUUCGCAUCAUUGACAAUCCGCAGCACGCAGCGCUGCACCCUGAUGAAGAGUCCAUCGACUUGUCUGCUCAACUGGAGACCUCGAUAAAUGUCGGGGACCAUGCUUUCAGUCAGAUGCAAGGUGAUCUUGAUCAACAGAGACUACUGGGAGAAAGGCCUUACAAUGAUCCUUUGGCCGAUAUAAUGGUCAAAGAAAUCCAGCACCAAGAAAGAUAUGAACGACUGCUGCGACGUGCCAAAACGGAAGACUUGACCGAGGUAUCUGGUAUCGGAUGCCUCUACCAGAGCGGCGUAGAUAGGCUCGGCAGACCUGUAGUAGUGUUCAUCGGGAAAUGGUUCCCGUUCAAUAAAAUAAACUUAGAUAAGGCUCUUCUAUACCUGAUAAUGCUCCUAGACCCGAUAGUAAAGGGCGACUAUGUAAUUGCCUACUUCCACACAUUGACUUCAAGUAGCAACUAUCCUUCCUUCUCCUGGCUAAAAGAAGUUUACAAUGUUUUACCAUAUAAGUACAAGAAGAACCUGAAAGCUUUUUAUAUAGUACAUCCUACGUUUUGGACGAAGAUGAUGACAUGGUGGUUCACAACGUUUAUGGCACCGGCAAUUAAACAAAAAGUGCACAGCUUACCAGGUGUCGAGUACCUUUACACCGUGAUGUCUCCAGAUCAACUAGAAAUACCCGCCUUCAUAACUGAAUAUGACAUGACUAUAAAUGGUAUAAGGUAUUUCCAACCAGGUGCGCCCACAUAACCAUAACAGCAUACCGGCAACCUUUAAGGUGGACUUAGUAUUAACUACGUGCCCCCAAGUGAUAAGUUGCAAUAUAUUUUUAUUUAGUGCUAAGAGAGAAAAAAAAUGAGGAUACGUUGUGUGCCAACAAAAAUAAACACCAACCACUUUAUGACAUUUUAAAAACUGACCAUGGUGUCGAGAAAUAUUAAUGUUGCAACGUCAGUGUGUAUUUUAAAUAAAAUGGACAAGCUACAAUAUGCACAUAAAUACCAGCAAUGUCACAAAGACGUGUGACAGUAGCACAGAAUCUCAAAUAUGAUGAGUCGAUGGAUUAAUAAUACAAUUAGUAGGUACAAGGAAUGUUUUUUCUUUCAAUUAGCUCUCAGAUGAGGAAUAUUAACUACUUUUUUAAACAUUUAUACAACUAUUCAAGCUGGAAAAAGACACUGUGGAAAACAGGCCAAAACAAGGCAAACUAUCGUUUAAAACUAAUCUAAAAUAAGAUAAUUAAAAUGAAUAAUCAAGAACUAAUGCAAAAAACUGAGCACCUACAUAAUACAUGAGUGAUCCAUUUUACUAUCUUUACAAAACAAUCGACUGUAUCCAGAAUGUACCAAAUUGACCAUAGUAAUACCAGGCAUUUAAAAAAAUACUCCUCAAAACUGAAUGCCAAAACUUGCUUAUUUUCUUCUAUAAUAAAAAUAACCUGAUGAAGUUGACUAUGUUCAUGUUUUUUAUUUGCUCUUGACAAAAGCACCAUUAAAUGAAUCACGCGUUACAUUCAUACGUAAUUUUGCCUUUUGUAAUUCUAUGUUUCAUUGGUGUCUCUGUUGGACUUCUUUGAUGAAAUUGAAAGCUGAUUAUGUAAUUCGGAUAAAAAUAUUCUGGAUGCAGACAAAUAUUUCUUCAUGAAUAUAUCUAUCGGAAAGCACUACUAAAAGGCCAAACUAAGUCUUCUUGAAUAUAUUGCUUGCGCAAAUUGGUAUGUUUGUAUUUACAUUGUCAGGCAUCUGGCAAAGAAAAAUCUCAUAUUUUUGUCAUAUGAUCAGUUACAAAGCAACUAUAAUACCCAGUAAAAAUAAUUUUAUUUGAAUGACAUUUUUUACACAUUAGGAACAUUCCCAUUUGGUUAUACAGGGUGAUUUAAAAACGAUGGCUAUACUUCUAGAGCAAAAAGUACAGCCAAAAAUAAUAUAAAAGAUUUGAAUACAUACGGGCUAUUGUAAAUUUUUAUGCCACUGAUAAAAAUAUGGAUAUGGUUCAAAUAAUGCUGUAGCGAAAAGGAAUUACCCUUAGAUCACCCAAAUACAAUUUUAAAAAAUUUCACCAACUUCACUGUAUUUUCAAAACACAGAUUGCCAUUUUUGUAAUCAAGAGAGGCGUUCCAUGUACAGUUGAAUAGCUUGCUCAAAAAUGCAAUAGAUGUUUCAAAGAAAUCAGUAUGGUAUAAAAUAAUGUUUUUCUUAGGUGUUUACUUCUACAGUGCAAGCGUGGUGUGUAUGUGUGUGUGUUAUUUUUAGAUUUACUUUAAGUCCUAGAAAUAUUGCCUGACGUAUUACAUCAACGAUAUUUUAUCUUGUUGGCGUUGCAACAUUAAGCGAAAAGCCGAUUGUUAUUCUUUUUCGGAGAAAAAAUAUCAUAGCUAUAUAAAAGAUUAAAUCUAGUAACGUUGGAUGGUAAAGGUACUUACCUACAUAGCUAUAUUAUAAAUAUAAAAAUAUAUUAACUAGUUCAAGCUUUAAAGUGUAAGAUAAUGUUAAGUUUGAAAAUUUAAUAAAUCAUCGAUGGUUAUUUGAAAUAUUUCAUGCCUUUCACAGACUUCCUUUUGAUAACUGGUCCAUUUUUAAAAAUGAUAUCUAUUUUAUAACGAGAAAUAGAUUUUGUUCCAGAACAGAAAAACGAUUCUGUAACCAUAACAAUUUCAACUAAUCAUCGAGCCGAUACUUGUAAAUGGCGAGGCGUAGAAAUAUUAUCUUGCCCUUGUGUUUGAGGGCGUCGUUUUUAUAUUUGUUGAUAGUUGUUUCGUUAUAAAAUUACCGUCAGUCCUCAGGGUGGAAAAUGUACAUUAUGAAGUUACGAUGAAACCUCUUAGCUAAAUACCUCAAAACAGAGGACUCGAAUUUACCAAUAAACAAUAAAGCAGGUGCUCUAUCUAACUGUGGUUUGCCUACUAGAAUAGGAGCCUUAGUUCUAAGGAUAAAAACAUUAGAAUACCUCAACUCGCCUUGGCUGUCCCCUUUACAUUGCAUUUUUACUAUAUGCCCAACAAGUCGAUCAAAAACCUGGAUCCGCACGUGCACUAUGGAGUACAUUGUACAUUAUGCAUGAAGGGUUAUAGUUCUAUUGAUCUACCUUUAUUUAGUCAUCGUCCAUUAUUGCGUAUUAUAGUUCUAUUGUAACCAGUUUCAUAUGCAAACCCUGCAAGUGUUGCAGUUCAGGAUAUUCAUGGUACCUUUCACAGGUUCCUCGAAAUCAUGUUUAUCCAAAGGACCACACCAAACAACAAACGCGACAAUAUACGUAGUUACUGGCGAUUUGCCAUAUUCCUUUCAGGGUGUGAUGGGGGGCCUAAAAUGCAACAGUUCCAUCCAAGAUAAGGAUCUGAUGCAUGAGAAUCUCAAUACCUGUGGGAGAUACAGCUUAGGUUAGAUUAAGAAAAAGCUGCGUUCUUUGGGAUUUCCCAAAAAGAUUCCUUUUUUCGAGACGUAACAGGCUUUUUGAAUUGACCAUAUUCAUUUAAAUUUCGAGCCAACUUUAAGAAAAUGCACUUACUUGGCUGCCUUCUUUCGGGAAAUUUAUCAAGAUACAUUUCUGAAGUAUUUUUAGUAUUUUUGUAGCACAGAAUGUAUCAAGUCGGCAUGUCGAACUUUUCUUCCUUGCUAAAAUGAUCGCCUGGCAUCUUUGACUAUAAUAAAGCAAUAUUCAGAAUACACCAUGAUAACAAUACUCAGUGACAGGUAUUUACGUGAAGCAUUUGUUUGUAAUAAUGAAAAAACGUAUUUCUCUUAUAACCAAGAAAAUAAAUUUAACAUCGUUGAGUUCGUAUUAAAAUAUGCUAUAUAUACUUCUUUCGAACCAUAUAAAAAAUUAAGUUUCUCGAAAACGAAAGGUCGUGCACAAAAUUUAAAAGCACCAUCAUGUAGUGCCUAAAAAGUGCCAAUGGAAAAGUUUCAUUGGUUUUUUGAUAUUACCUCAAAUAAAGUCAGAAAAAAUAAAAAUGAUUUGGGCAUAUUUUAGUUCUUCCCAAAUAUAUCGGUAAGCCAUGAAAUUUUUACGUUUUAAGUUCAUCCUUGGCAUGUAAAUACGCCCCAAAGAACUUUUUCUAAUUUAACCUAAGCUGUAUUUCCUACAGGUAUUGAGAUCCCUAUGCAUAGGAUCCUUAUAUUGACGGUCAGAAAUCAAUAAUUAUCGAGAUGUUUCAGUUUUUUUUUAACAAGCACCCAAUAUUGGUCAUUCACGUCGAAAUAGUCGAAAGUCUAUCUAAAAAAAAGCGUGAAAAUUCCAUUGAUUUUCAUAGAUUAUGCGCAAUGUACGGUAACCCCAAAAGAUCAAUCAUUGUACCGAAGACGUACUUGUUGAGACCGACAGGUUUACUCUGAAGAUUUUUUCAACACAUGUUUCGAUUUUCCAGAGAAAUAUGGGGCUAUUCUACCGUAAUGAAUACUCGUGAAAAAGACUUACUCUACUUUAUCAAUAUCUGCUUCCUCGAUUAUUGAAACCCCAUCAACAGAAAUUUGACUUAUAAUUCUCACCGGUAUCAAAUUUAUCCUUGAGUGAAUAUUGAAAAAUUUUUAUUUCCAUACGUUGGCUUCAGUCAAAAUUGCAAGAAUAAGACAAGAGUUAACACCCUGAGGACAUUGACGUAUACGGAAACAUACGUACGCUUUUCCGCAUGCCGAAUCACGUGCAAUUGUGUGCGGGCGUGAUGUUUCAUGUUGUUGCGAGUAUGAAGUGACAUUUUAACAUGUUUUUCUAUUAGUUAGGCGUUUACGAUACGUUGAUCAUUUUAUAUUAUUAUUUUAACAAACUAAGGGUUCACGGCUUGUAAGUACAAACGAUUGCCUUCAGAAUGAGUGCUGUUGUCAAUUGCUGCGAGUAUUUUUCCAUUGCAGAGAAAAUGUACAUUUAGCGAGACAGUGAUUGAUGAUAGAUGUUAAGUUCUGUAAAGCUAUAUAGGUAGAGAGGCGAAGGUUAAAUCCAGAACCCAUCAUGAGAGGAUCAACGGAAUUUUUGAAAACUGUAAUCAUCGCUGUUUUAAUGUGUAUGAAUAUUAACGGACAAUCAGUCAUAGAUUUAUUAACUCAGACUAUAUCAAGCCUGAUCUGAUUGUUGCUAAUAAAAAAAUUAGAAUAACCAUCCAACAUAAUAGGCAAACCAUUCUUGGUACAGGAUGUUAUAAGUGUUGGGACUUUCUUUUUCGUGAGCAACUAUGGUGGAAAUGACUAAAACUGUGAUGAAACAACAGAGAAAAAAGGAAAAACUUCUUACCGUUCAUUUGAUAAGAAAUUUCAAGUACACGCUUGCAGCGUUUAGGGGCUAAUCAGUCUGUAUCCUACGGGCGCACGGCUCCCGUGUCUAGGAUCCGGCCUGAUGAAGGUACCCCAAACGCUCAAAAAAUCAAACGAAGUUUCCAAAAUAAGGCUCCUAGUACCCCCAAUUUCCAAUUAUCUCCAACCGCAAAGUAGGGCCCCGUUCAGAGGGGUUUCUAGGACUUCCACGGUGUCUGCCUCGACAUCCCUGUAAACAGCGUGUGUCUGUAGCUCUACAAAUAAAUGCGGAUUCGCACCGCAGCAUGAAACUAUCAUAAAAAAUGUCCUGAAUAUACUUCCAAAGCUGCAGCGGUAUCUUGAAAAGACUUAUCUAAUCAUCUCAACAAUUUCUUUACAGCGAUAGGAAUGUGCCAUUUUUAUUUGUUUAAUACCAUUUCAAACAAAAGCUCGGUUCAUCUGCAGCAAAGUAGGCGAUAACGCUCCCUUGAGGCGCGGGAAUCUACGGGUUAGAGAGCAGCAUACAGGAAAAACGUACAUUGAUUUGGAGGUACGAUCCAGUGGCUAGUUUGUGGCACACAGGGUAUAUCCAAAUAAGUCAUUUCGGAAGGCGGUAGAAAAUAUUAAUUCUGAAAGUCUGCAACAGACGAAAAAAGUUUGGGAUCCUCUGAUCUACAUAUUGGCCAGACAAGCUUUGUUGUUCACGUUUUCCAUUAUCAUGGUUCAGUCUAUAAAUUCGUUCUAUGGCUUUCCGUUACGUACUUUUUUUUUCGGCUUAUUCCAGAUCAUUCGUAUGAAAAGCCUGGUGCUAGUAGGGGUUUUCCAUUUCUUUUUCUCUUGGAACCGCUGAUCCUUUCACUUUAUGGGUUCCUGAUUUUUCAGUGACCGCUUAGUCUAUGGUAAUAGAGUUGUAAUGACUAAUCUAAUAUGUAACUUUUCAAGAAGGCGGUGCAUUUUUAUUGUAUUUUAUUAAUUUUUAACAUUUUACUUGUAUAGCAUGAUGAAGACAUUCCUUUUCAGUUAUCCAUACUAAUACUAAUAAAUGAAGAGCGGUCUACAGUGUGAGCAACAUGUACCCCAAUAUAAAAUAAAUGACUUGGGAAAAGGUACAGUGGGUGUACUAUGGACUACUAGACGUAGACUCUGCUACAUUGGUUGGAAGUAAUAUCUAAGGUUGUAAACAGACAAAGAUGUCACUUGCUGAUCAGCUGUUCACGUCAACAGUCGUCAACACGUGAUAUGAAGUCGAGAAAAAAAGGUUACUUUUUAUUAAACCUGACUCUUUUCGUCUACUGUUGACAGUUUGACCUCCAACCGCUUAGCGGGAGCACAAUUGGAGACGGCUGCUAUUAGUGCCAAGAACUCCAAAGCUCAACCGAAUUGAGAAUUUUUAUAAGCUCUACGCUCUAUAUCAUCAUUUUCACGAGUUUAGUCUGAUACGAACCACAAAUAUAGAAGGGCUCAGGAACAUUUUAUCCAGAAAUUAAUUCACAUGCGUAUUUACAGUCAUUUAUUGUUUUAGUGUAAAAUUCUACAUGUGGAGGAUCAUCCAAAUGUUGCUCACACUGUAGGUAGCUCUUAUAUCAUAUCUAAAGCAGUGGCGUAUAUAGGCACAAAAUAGAUUUCCAUCUUAAACGUUUGGUGUUGCCCAGAUGUUGAUAGCUCGAAAGUAAAUAUAUACACAUAUUUCUCAUAAGUCACAUAGCUGGCUUGUUCGUUAGAUUUUCCAUCAUCGUGUGACCGGAAAUUUAAAGAAGCGGCAACUACGCAGCGCGACAGUGAGUUCGGGGGUCUAAACUCCACUUCUUUUCGCUUCCCCUCCACUCUAAAUACGGAUGCAGUAUUCUCUUUGCGUUUGUAUGGUAAAUUUAAACGAACUGUAUUCAUUAAUCUCAACUGGUCUUUUGGGUAUAUUAUAAGCAAUAUGGAUCUAUGAUAAAGAUGCGUGCUUGUUGAAGAAGGGGAGCGAAAAUAAGUGAAGCGAGAUUCCUCCACUGGGUUCCCUUACACGUAAUUAAAUGAUAUCCUCCAUACUUGGGCGACGGGAAGCGAAGCUACAUAUCACGUUUGACACGUGCAAAUGACAAAUACCACUGCGGUUCCCUUUGCGUUGCUUCGUCUUAAUGUGAAGAUCUCCCCAUCUUAUGAAAAAUUAAGUACAAAUGAUUUUAGUCAUUCUUUCAGUACUUUCAUAAGAUACUGCAGGGCUGCAUUUUUGCGACUGGUUCGAAAUUUUCAUGAUUUUUUUUGCUUUGAUUGUUUAUGUGCGAAUUUUUGGUUUUUGUGAAGUUCCUAUAUACGUCGCUGAAAUGAAAUUGUAUUCAUGGCAUUGGUUGAUUAUAAAAUAAUACCCUAUGAAUCAAAAAAUCACAAAUGUUAAUUACUGACUAUUUUUCAGUUGUAUUUGCAUAUAGAUGAUAGACACAGAUAUGUUACUUAUUUUUUGUAUGUUUAAUAUUCGCCUAUAUUUUAUUAUAACUUCCAUAAUAGCAAUUUGAGUUUUCCUUUCCCCACUGGGUGAAUAUUCCAAUUUGAGCUUUUAUAUGGCAUGUAUACCAUGUAUUUUGUCGUUUUUGUGACAGAAUAUUUUCGGAUUUCUUUGUUUAAGGUUUUGUCAGUUGAUUCAUAUAUUGCAAAACAAUUUUGUAUCGCCAAUUCUGUUCGUAAUCUGUCAACUUUCCUCCGGAUUUUGAACAACUUGCUCUUCUUGAUGCCUGCUAGUGCUAUUAUGGAAGAUAUUUUUAACUUUUUAUUAUCACGAAUUGUUAAAGAUUCUAUUGCAAAUAAACAUUGAUCACAA